UGGAUAAAAAAUGGCGGCUGCUGUUGAUGGCUUACUGUAUUGAUGCUUAAAGUAUUUACUGAUUUCGUUGAUAUCGCAGCAGGUUUCUUAUCGGAAUCGCCACAAGUAACUAUGGAUCUUGCUGAGGAUUUCAACGAAAUUGACGACGAUAUCAUAUUUUAUGCAGUCUUAUAUUCUAGCGUGACAGUUGUGUUUGCAAUGGCUGUUUUAUCCAAAUUUUUGACACACGAGUUUAGGUUUGGUUUCAGAUCUGUUUUGAGUUUGAUCGUCCUGUUUCUCGGAGAACCAUUGUGUCAGUUCUUUAUCAAAGGCCCAGGAGGAGUUUUGACAUUUGCCGCCUGCUGUCUACUAAUCUAUUCUGUACUUCCUGCGAGUCAUUUACCAGUGGGAAACAAGGCAGUUUUGAUCACAGGUUGUGACAGUGGAUUUGGAAGUGCUCUGGUGAAGAAAUUGGACAGUAUAGGUAUGAGGGUAUAUGCUACUUGUCUGAACUCGGAUGGACCAGGUGCUAUAGCUAUCCGCAACAACUGUUCAGAAAGGGUGUGUGUUCUACAGUUGGAUGUUACCAAUGCUAAAGAGUUGGAGGAGGUUGUUAACUUCAUACAAGUCCAUGAAGGAGAAGAUGGACUAUGGGGACUGGUGAACAACGCUGGAGUAUGGUACUUCUCUGAGAUUGAGAUGACAUCAGAGGCCCUGUUUCACAAGAUCUUAGAUAUCAACCUGUUUGGCACGAUUCGUCUAACUAAAGCUCUAUUGCCCCUCAUACGAAAGUCCAAAGGAAGAAUUGUUAAUGUUUCUAGUCUUCUAGGGAGAAUAACAAUGGCGGGCAACGGUGCGUACAGUGUAUCUAAAUAUGGCCUGGUAGCCUUCACCGACACACUCCGACAGGAAAUGAAGAAAUGGGGUGUACAUGUAGCUGUUAUAGAGCCCACUGGCUUUUACACAGAGAAUAUGAAAGAGCACAAUAUAAGAAACCGGAAGGAGGAGGUGUGGAAUUCUAUGGAUGAGAAUGCCCGUCAUACCUAUGGUCAACUGUACAUAGACACAGUGUAUAACAGUAUAGUGGCAGGUGCUACCCGCUACCCGGACGACCUAACGCCAGUCAUUAGGGCUAUGCGUAGUGGACUUCUGUCAAAGCGUCCCCGGGCUAGGUACCCGUGUGGGACAGGUGCAGACUUACUGACAAUGGUGUACCCUUUGUUGCCUGUGUGGGUGGCCGAUAAAGUGUCAUCACUCAUUGGUAUAAUGCCAUUAGAUGCCCGCCCCGCUACUCUCAGCUGAAUCAUCAUCCUAUCCCGUCAUUUCAGCAAAGCAAUCUGACUUUGUAUCUGUUGUAUGUGCUAAAUGGAUUGUAUGUGCUAAAUGUAUUACAGAAUGUAUCUUUUAAUUUAUCAUUUUUUUCCCCAACUGAACCUAUUGGUUAUAAGUUAUCUUUCAUUUUGUUGUUGUUUAAAAGACAUUAGUGACAAAAAAGAAAUGUUACGAUAAGUUAAUAUUGAUGUCUUUGAAAGAAGAUGUUACUUAUAUGGCAUCAAGUGUUAUUAUUUUACUCUUUAUCUUCAAGUUGGAUAAACAAUGAAAAGUUUGGUCAAAAUCAUUUGAAAAAAUGUGGAAAUGUACAAAUUGUAUUUUUUUAACAAACAGGGGUAUGUAUACUGAGGCUGUGUUUCGUUAUUAACUGAUAUCAUUUUGUUAUGACACUUGAUAAAAGUAUCAGUUGAUACCAAGAUAUUGCAUUAAUUGUUAUACUUAACCUGCUGUUUGUGAACAAAAUGACAUGCACAACGAUACAUUCCAAACUGAUCAAUAUUGGCAAAUGAAGUGUGAAUUUUCCCCUCAAAUUUCACAAAUACUCCAUAGAUUUUCAGUAUUAUACCAAUCAUCUUUUUGAAACACUAUAACAGUUAAAUCAGUAAGAAAAAUAGGUUGACAAGUGUUACAAGUCGGUAAAUGUUUAAACUUUUUAUGAAUUCUUGCUUAAUCUGAAAAACAGAUAUUAAUUAUCAACAAUAUUAUUGAAGAAAAAAAAGAGAGAAAAAAAGUGCUUUUGUUUCUAAGUAAAAACAGAUAUUGAUUAUGAAGCCUUUAUAAAUCUGUAAUAUUUUUGGAAGUUUGCAUAAUUUUAUUUUUAGCUUACCUGGCCUGAAUGGUUCAGUGAACUUAUAGAAUUGUGCAGCAUCUAUUUCCCAUCUAUCAAGAGGUCAACUUUUUACUUUGAAUGACUUUAAAGGGAAAGAUAUGAUAUUAAAAACAGGUAAUACAGGCCCAUCACAGGCCCAUGGGACCUCUUGUUAUAUUUUGGGCAAAAUGUAACGCUUACUGGUAUACCUCUUAUUCAGUGGCUAUAAAAAAAAUGAAAAAUUAACAAAUUAAUUUAGAAGAUAAGUAAAAUUGUAACAAUUAAAUAGCUAGUCCAGCAAAAUUAUCCAAAAUAACCCAGAAAACUGGUGAUGCUUGAUUACUUGUGACUCACUGGGGGAGUAUUGAGUAUUGUCAACUAUUGUAGAUAUUGAGAUUUCCUUCCUUUAUAACUAUUUCAGUACUCUAGAUUAUAAAUUGGUUCCAAGCCUUCACACAUUUGAGCAUUUUGAAAUCAGAAUCAACUGAUUACAACAGACCAAGUAAAAAAAGUAAAAUGUAAUUCUAUAUUAGAAGAGUGACCAAUUAACUCUUUCACCCCUGAAAUUUCAUAAUGAACUAUAUUCCAUUCUUUGAAUGGGAAGAGUUUAAAUGUGUCUUCAGGGUCGAAUGAGUUAAACACAAUUUAUUUAAAUAAGAUAUUAUUAUUUUUUGAGAUAAUAAUUCCCUUGCAUGUUAGUAUUGAUUUCAGUAUAAUUUACAUUAUUGAACAGCUGGGGUUCGAUCUUUCUGUAAGAAGGUAGACAUGACUUUAUUAGAGGUCAAUAUAAAUCUACAUUUUCGUUGAAAGAUGUUAGCACAAACAGGGUCUUAAUGUGGGAGGAAACUGGCGUACCCCGAGAAAGUCCAUGUGGUCUGGCAGGUGACCCCUACCUUUUCAUGUCCAACAGGGGUUUUCAUGUCCAAACGGAAAUUGAACCCUGGCCACCAAGGUGAAGGUGAGUGUAUGACUCGCUGUACCACCUAACACAUUGUUUACAUAAUUAUAAACAAUUUAUUGUUUAAAACAUAACCUUGACAUUAACUUAGUUUCUGAUCAGAAAAAAAUGUAUGUUUACCGUUAACUCUUGUAGUCAAAGUUUUAUCAAUGCAAAUAAUAAUUUUAGCAAACAAUGCAAAAUCAUAUACAUGUACUAGUUAUAAACUAACAUAUAUUCUUUAAAUCGUUGUCACUUAUUACUAUCGUUAUUUGGAGCAGCAUUUUUCUUAUGUCAUAUUUUAUUCAUUUAUUUCAUAUCUAACUUAAAUUAAAUAGUACAUUGUAUAAGAUAUACAAAUGGUAAAAAAUAUGAAUGAACUCUGCUUGCAAGUGCUAUGUGCAAUUCCUCUCAUCAUUGUCACGUUUAAUAAGCAACUACCAUAGCAUUCGCAAAGAAGAAAGAUAUAAUUUGUUUCAUUGUAUAUGUCCUUGAUCAGUAACAUGAUUAAACUACAUAACCAAAUGAAUUUUAACAAUCAAACUACUUAUAGCAAGCUUUAUCAGUAAGUCCUAGAGGUUAAUAACGUUUUUUAAGUUAUGAUCUAAAAGGUUAGGAGGUUAUUAAAAAUAAUCAUAUCUGUGCAAAUAUUUAUCAUCUUGUGAUUUCAAGAUCUGAAAGGAUUUACAAUUUUUUGAGAGAUUUUGGGUUAUAAUGAAUCUCUGAGUUGUUGAUUUCUGAAUAGUAUCUUUUUACAUUUGCUAUGAUUUAAAACAGCAGUAUGUAAUAAGGGAGGGAAGUUAUUUAUGUUUGUUUUACAUAGUUACUUACAUUCUUGGUCUUAAUAGCAAGUACAUUUGCAUUAACAUUCUCGUUAAAACUUCAUUAUUCUCUACAAUUUGGAUUCCAUUGAAACAUUUUAGCUCUACUUGUAAUUCAUACAUUAAUGGCAUAUAUACAUUCAAGUUUCAGGCAUGACCUUUUUAUGAUUUCAAAGAAAAAAAACAAUAUCUCUUGGUGUAUGUAUUACCUGUGUAUUGCCUGUAAUAUUACAUGUUUAUUACAUGUGUAUUACCUGUAAUAUUACAUGUUUAUAACUUGAGUUUUAUCUGUGUAGUCCCUGUAAUAUUACAUGUUUAUUACUUGAGUUUUAUCUGUGUAUUACCUGUAAUAUUACAUGUUUA